UGCCAGCUGGAGAGAUGAGCUGUUUGAGGAUGAAGGAAUGAGAAGGAAGGAAGACGAAAAGGAGAGGAACCUCAGCCAGAGGAGACGAGAAGGAGAGAGGAGGAUGUUGGGAGUUUUGUGAAAGAGGACGGGCGAAGAAAAGGUUCAGUUUUUUUACUUUCAAGUGGAAAAGUCCAAGAAAAGACAGACAGACUGUCAGUGACAGAAGCUGAGUGAGUGAAGGAGGAAACAUCUGGAUGGUCUCCAGUGUUGCGGCCUUCAAAGAUGGCCUCCAACUUCAAUGACAUCGUCAAGCAGGGCUACGUACGCAUGCGCAGCCGCAAGCUGGGGAUCUAUCGGCGUUGUUGGCUGGUGUUCAAGAAAUCUUCCAGCAAAGGACCUCGUCGUCUGGAGAAAUACCCCGACGAGAAGGCUGCUUACAUCAGAGCAUGUCCUAAAGUAAGUGUGUGUGUGUGUGUGUUUGAGUUUGUUUGUGAGGACGGGGAGUCGGUGAGGUGAAGCCAGCACGUGUUUGUAGUCCCCGACAGCUCUCUCUCUCUCUCAGAGCUGGAGGCUGAGGAUUGGUUCAAGACGCUGUCGAUCGAGUGUUUGGGGAUGCGACUUAAUGACAUCAGCAUGGGCGAGCCAGACCUGCUGGCUGCUGGAGUGCAGUGUGAACACACAGAGCGCUUCAACGUCUUCCUCCUCCCCUGCCCCAACCUGGACAUCUACGGCGAGUGCAUGAUGCAGAUCACCCACGAGAACAUCUACCUGUGGGACAUCCACAACCCUCGCACCAAGCUGGUCACCUGGCCGCUCUGCUCGCUGCGGCGCUACGGACGCGACGCCACCCGCUUCACCUUCGAGGCUGGACGAGAAAAGCAGUAAAUAAUAAUAAUAAUUUCACAAUAAAAUGAACUUCUUUGAUUGCGUGUGAGCCGUGCUACUUCCUGCUUAUUGUCUCGAUUCCUGAUGUUGUGUUUUUUAUCCCAGCUGCUGUCGAAGGGCUCAGAGUCCGGCUCGUACCCCUGCACCCCCACCGCCAUCCUGCCCCGGUCCGCCUACUGGCACCACAUCACUGGAAACCAGACCGGCAUGGAUCCCGGCAGCGGUGACGCCGCGGAAGACGAGCUGCUGUCCACCCGCCUGCCUCCCGACCGCCACACAACGCUGCCCCUGGCAAACACACACACGCAGUCUCAGCCACACAUACACACACACUCCCCGACACACUACCCCACCUUCCCCGGACAGUGACACACACACUCACACAGGUGUGUGCGGACUUUGAAGACACACACAGGACCCACAUGCAUGCAGACACACACCGGACACUCCCUCCUUAUACCUGACAGCCCAACAUCACACCUCACAGGAUGGAGGGACGCUAACAGCACGCCGUCCUGAGAGCGCGCUUCCUGCGGCUGCACGUGUGUGGCGUGAGGACUGAAAGCUCUCAGCUUCAAACCAGAGACAGAGUGAAGAUUGUACGGACGUUUUUAUACUGAAUUUCUACUGCAGCUUCCUUUUGAAAUCACAACAAUAAAGAGGAGAUGAGCGGCAGCCUGACACGCACACGCCACACGCACACGUGGACCCACGCAGGCCUGUUAGCGUCCUGCUGCUCGCUCAGCUGCUUCCUCCUCCUCACACCAAACAUCAGUCUGCCGUCACGUGUGUGAAGUUUUGAUCUUGAUUUGACCCCGCCCACAGUC